CGGUCCAGGGUAGCCGCAUUGUGUAGAUGGUAGCCUACUUAGUAACCUAAUAGAUUUACAUUGUUGAAAACACGGCGCUGUACAUCUUCAGAGCUGUAUGAACUAUAAAUCAGAUAAGCAAGAAACACUAUUCCUUGUAUUUUGUUAGAUCAUCAGUGAUUAUUGAACAAUGCCUUUGAGGACCGGACUUUUUCUUCUAAUGGUGCUGAUCGCAUCUGCAUAUGAACUGGAUCAGAACGAGUCGUAUUCACCCAGAAGAGCUCGCUUUUCAGCAAAUACCCCUUCUGACGUGGCACGCUGUCUGAAUAGUGCCCUCCAAGUAGGCUGUGGAGCUUUCGCCUGUCUGGAGAACUCCACGUGUGACACAGAUGGCAUGCACGACAUCUGCAAGUCCUUUCUGUAUAGUGCAGCUAAAUUUGACACACAGGGAAAAGCCUUUGUGAAAGAGAGCCUCAAGUGCAUUGCCAAUGGCAUCACCUCAAAGGUGUUCCUCACCAUCCGCCGCUGCUCCACCUUCCAAAGAAUGAUCUCAGAGGUUCAGGAGGAGUGCUACAGCAAGCUGGAUAUCUGCACUAUCGCCCGCAUCAAUCCAGAUGCCAUCGGAGAGGUGGCACAGCUCCCAAGCCACUUCCCCAACAGGUUUUACGGUAAGCUCCUCCAGAGCCUGAUGGACUGUGAUGAGGAGACUGUGGACCUGGUGAGGGCCAGUAUGGUGUCCAGGCUUGGCCCAGAGAUGACCAUCCUCUUCCAGCUGCUGCAGAACAAGCCCUGCCCCUCGGCUGCUGCUGUUGCUGCUGCCGUUCCAACUGGAGUGGAGGGCCAUGGGAGCUUGCAGUGGUCCAUGGGUCCACACAUGUAUAAGAUCCAGCCUGGUCUACGCAACAGAGACUCUGCCAGCCAUUUAGGCAAGAAGCGUGCCACUAGUGACAGCUCCUAACUCCCACUCAGAUCCAGAAACUACACAAACCCCUCAAAAACAUAAACAAGCCAACAGUGGUCUCUUCCCUUGGGUAUUUAAGAAUCAUUCCUCUCCAGACUGGAAAAUAACAUGCACCUCUAAGAGAAUAGCCAAUGUGUUUCAAGUAUAUUUGAUAUCAAAGUUUGAGUUGUUGUGUGAGAUAUAUUGUACCUUAGGUUUGAGAGGAUCCUCUCCCCUAAACUAUUUCCUAACUCUAUCACUCACACUGUUUGUUCAUUGAACAUGUUGCUAUUGUAUCUCCACAACUAAUUCCUGUUCACUUCCCAUACUUGACAUAGUAUCAUCUGAGAACCAAGUAUCAUCUGAGAGCCUAGUGAGGAUGAUGUCCCUCUACGUUUUCUGUCUAGGAUUUCAAGCAUAAACCUGCAGGUAUGGUUCAUAUCUAUAGAGCACAAGUGUUCCCAAAUAAUUUUGGUUGAAAAGUUCAAAUGUCCAUCCAUUAG